AUGUGUUGCAAUGAAGUGACAUUGUUCCACGUACGUAACUGUAUUUAUCAUACGGCUCCAGCAACACGAGUUUGUAAUCGUCCGACUCUUGCACAAAUGGCAGUGUACAAGCCAGGCCACAAAAACAAGAUAUGAACAUUAAAGGUUUCGUAAGAAUUAAUCUCUCAUUUUCCACGGAACACGUCAUACUUUUCUUUCGCGUGUGUGCAUUUACCUAGCUACGUGUGUAUUUUAGACGUUUCGCCAAAGCGCAAAUGGGGGGCGGGGCAGCUGCGGUGCUGAUUAUAAAUAUAAAUUGUUGGUGAAAUGCAACACACUUGAUGUUCAAAACAGCAGCAGUGAAACUCCGUCUAUGGCAAAUGUGGCAAUGGAGGUGACGGGGUCACACGCUCACUAAAAAAAACACCCCACGCAGGGUCGCGCGCUCCCUAUUCUCAACUUGUCGUCUCUCGUCGCCACCGCGGCUCGCUUCUUAAGAGCCUAACGAAGAGAGGGGAACUGUUUACAAGUCGGAGCCGAGGCAUCUUAGGCAUGAAGAAGGUUUGCCGUCUGCUGGGCUGGCUGGCGUGGAGUUUCGCCCCACUCGUCCUCAUCGCGGAUGGACAUGCCAUGAGGAAACGCUCGGCAGAGAUUCCCCGGGGGACCACCGAAGACCUGAAGAAGAUUUUCGUUGGCAGAUGCUACGAUUACAUUCGUGUUAUUAAUCCUGCCCUACGGGACAAGAACUGUGAGCAGAUGUGGGAAGCAUUCUACAAUGGAUUCGUCGGCAAACAGCCAUGCGAGGUCACCAUGGACAGCUACAACCAGUUUGUUGCGCUGGCAAGCCAUCCUUUGCCAAAAGACAAGGAAAUUUUCUGGAGCGGGACAAAUGCAUUGGUGCACAAGUAUUCAGGGGCGAGGCUGUUAACGCUCGAGGAUUCCCUGGCUGGUUACAUCGCAAACAACCUCAACUGGUGCCCAAUCGCUGGCAAUCCAGAUCUGGAUUACACUUCCUGCCCUGGCUAUUCGGAGUGUGACAAUAAUGCUGUCAAAUCUUUCUGGAUGAUGGCCUCCAAAUCGUUUGCGCAGAAUGUUCGUGGAGUUGUUAGAGUGAUGCUUAACGGAUCCAGGGAGGGUGGUGCAUUCUAUUCAGGAAGUAUCUUUGGAACGAUUGAGCUGCCAAAUCUCCCGAAAGACAACGUCUCUGAAAUCCAUCUUUGGAUUAUUGAUACAUUGAAUGGACCUGAUAGGGAGUCAUGUGGUGUUGGCUCUGUGGCUCAUCUGGAAGCUCGCCUAAAGGAACAUGGAUUCAAGUACAGCUGUUAUGAUAACUGCAAAUCUGUGCUCCAUAUGCAGUGCGUGGAUCUGCCCAACAUUCCCAUCUGCCAAUUUGCAAACAACGACUCCUCGCCGGGUAACUCGGCCACCAUGCUGUCUUCACCGCUGAACGCACUCGUGGCGCGUAUCCGCCGCCUUGUGGUGCCCAUGUAAGGCGGUGGCGAGGAUGGAAAGCUGCCACAAAUGUUGGCUUUGGUUGAUUACACCAGGCACGAGUCAUUUAAAGUUCUGGAGGAGAUUGAUGAAAGAACAAAAAACAACCAAGUUCAUGUGCAGGUGAUGGGUGGAUUAUUACAUCGCAAGGUCGUGGGAGGUUGUGACUGCCUAGGGAGGCCUACAUCCAGCAUCAUCACAAUCCAUGGGCAGAUAGCCCGUAGAUGUCUACUCCACAUUUCGUCAUUUGUUUCCACUUCUGUCUUGUGCCAAUAUGUUCAAGUAGUGCUACAUCUUCAUCCAGCAGGGUAGUGCUUUUAGUGCAAUUUACGAGUGGUACUGUGUCAGGCCUGCUUUGCUUUCAUCCAUUUCCCUUCAACUGCCAUCCCUCAGUCAAUUAAGACAUAUUUUGGAGUUGCUCAUGUAUUAGAUGAUUGGUUCUUAACCUGGGGUGCAUGCACCCCCUGAGGGGUGCACGAUGCAGGCUGCAGUGAAGGUUAAGGACUACUGUAUUAUAUGAAAAGCAGAGACUUAAUGUGUACUUUAAUAAACGCAACAUUUAGGUGUAUUAGAGGGAGUUCGUUUUUAUAACCGUAUGCUCUAAUCACAUGGCAGAAUGGAGGGCAACUUAAACUGCAUUUAUUUAUUAUCCCCUCUUUGUGGCAACUGGCAAAUCUGGCAAACAAAGGUGGAACGCCCAUGACAGUAUUGAAUAAAGCAUCACUUUUUGUUGUCCAAUUAAACAUUCCAUUGCAAAGUGUUACCCAAAUAUCAUGCAGUUUAGCAAUGGAAGCAAUCGAUAACACAUUACAGCACAAAUGAAUACAUCUAAUGCUCGGCUGUUGAUAAUGUAAUCCUUUGCAAUGAGUGUAUGAUAACCUAUUCAAUGCAAUGUGAUAAUCUCUAUGUCAUUGUAGUAUUUUCAUGAUACUCUGGUAAUUAUUGUGAGAUUCGGCUGUCAAGGGGCUGGAGUGUAGCCAUGUUGAUGUGAUUUGACGGUGUUUUUCUGGUGUCCAUGCUCUUGUUGAUAUAACACUUGUUUUUCUCUAUGGGUUGAAAUAAAAGCUGAUAACUUAA